GCGUCGCGUCGUCUCCUCGAAGGUUCCUGAAGAUCCACUCGGCGGUAAGCGCCUCUUACUUCACUGUAAACACACGUCUCUGACCCGGGGGGACACUGGAGCGCCCGGAUCUGGUUUCUGACAUCCUGAGACAAGCCAGUGCGAUCAGACAGGACAGCAGGAUGAACUCUCACUGAUCCAGCAUCUGCACAAGCAACUCAAGAACCAGACUUUCACAGCACAUUCAGGCGUUACGCAAAGAUCGUGGUGGUUUGAUUCCCCACCUCCCCCCUCACACACAAUGACGUCCUCUAUGCUUCGGCGACAGCUAAAGAACCUGGUCCAGAACUACUCUGAGGCUGAGGUCAAGGUGAGAGAGGCUACGUCUAAUGACCCAUGGGGCCCAUCCAGCACUCAGAUGGCCGACCUCUCUGACCUGACCUACAACGUGGUGGCCUGCAACGAAAUCAUGACGAUGCUCUGGAAACGGUUGAAAGACGACAAGAACUGGAGACACAUCCACAAAUCCCUGACACUGCUGGAGUAUCUAUUAAAGACUGGUGACGACCGGGUGCUUCUGAAAAUGAAAGACAGCAUCUACAUCGUCAAAGCCCUCACAGAAUACCGCUUUGUGGAAAAAGAUGGCAAAGAUCAGGGUGGGACCGUGAGAGAGAAGGCCAAGGUUGUCCUUGUUCUAAUGGAGGACGAUGAGAAGCUAAAGGAAGAAAGAGACUUUGCCGUGAAGACCAGAGAGAAGACAUCAAAAAGCUCCGCAGCCUCGUCCUCGGAUGUCGUCAAGGAUCCUAGCUACACGCCAUGCUAUGUGGCCGGGGCCUCAGGGCUCCCAUCCUUAGACAACAUACCCUCAGUGGCUGACUUGACUGCUUCCUUCACCGCCCGCAAAGAGGAACGGAUUCGUCAGGAAAAUGAGAAGAAAGAAACUGAGAGAAGGGCUAAGUUGAGUGACGAUGAGCUGAAAUGGGAAGAUGCAGGCAUAGACACAAACGUCAAAGUUGUUGCUCGGAAAGAAGAGAAGGAAGAGAAAGAGGAGGUGAAGCCAGGUCCUUGGGGAGCGCCCAAAGAACCUAAAGAGGCCACAGAUCCAUGGGGCAAACCCACGACACCGGACACCACUGAAAAAGCAGCUAGCAGUGAUCCUUGGGGGGGUUCAACUGAAGCUGAUGAUCAAUUUGCAGCACCUAAAACGGAUGAGGAUCCAUUUGCUGCAACAAAGAAUGGAGAAGAUCCUUUCGUAGCAUCGAAAGAUGAACAAUAUUCCUUCAACGCCCCAGAAGACGAUCCCUUCAACGGCCCAAAAGACGAUCCCUUCAACGCCCCAAAAGACGAUCCCUUCAACUCGGCAAAAGACGAUCCUUUCAACGCCCCAAAAGACGAUCCCUUCAACGCCCCAAAAGACGAUCCCUUCAACGCCCCAAAAGACGAUCCCUUCAACGCCCCAAAAGACGAUCCCUUCAACGCCCCAAAAGACGAUCCCUUCAACGCCCCAAAAGACGAUCCCUUCAACGCCCCAAAAGACGACCCCUUCAACGCCCCAAAAGACGACCCCUUCAACGCCCCAAAAGACGACCCCUUCAACGCCCCAAAAGACGAUCCUUUCAACGCCCCAAAAGACGACCCCUUCAACGCCCCAAAAGACGAUCCCUUCAACGCCCCAAAAGACGAUCCUUUUAAUGCUUCUAAAGACGAUCUCUUCACUGCACCAGCAUCAACACCCCCUAAAGAAGAUCCUUUCUCUGCACCGCCCAAACCCGCUCAAGAUGACUGCUUUGCUGCACCAACAGCUCCGCCCAAAGAGGAUCCUAUCUCUGCACCAUCAAAGCCUAUAGAAAAUGACCCCUUUGGUUCUCCAACAACAACACCACCUCAAGGGGAUUCUUUCUCUGCAUUAUCCCAACCGACUAAGGAUGACCCCUUCUCUGCCCCAACAACACCCCCCAAAGAGGAUCCCUUCUUUGCACCGUCCAAACCUGCACAAGAUUAUGCCUUCACUGCGCCAACAACCCCCCCCAAAGAGGACCCAUUCCCACCUAGUGCACCAAAGAAUGAUGCCUCAGAUCCCUUCGGUGCUCCUGCUGCAACAUCCCCCCAGGAGAGUGCAGAUGCUUGGGGAGCCCCUGCUAGCUCUCCACCUGCUGCUGUGUCAGAUCCCUGGGAGACACCAUCGACUCCAAAGGAAGCAAACAGUGGAGAUCCUUGGGGAGAUGAGGCGACUGUGACCUCAGCCACUAAUAAUUCUGAUCCAUUCGGGGAUGCAUCCCAACCGGACAAUGGCCCCUGGGGAGCCCCAGCUUCAGCUCCAGCCAGCACAGACGAUGCGUGGGGGUCACCUGCUCCACCCUCGGCCUCCUCACCAGCCAAUGACCCCUUCGGAGAUGGAGCAUCCAAAGCCAAUGACCCCUGGGGUAAAUCAAGCAAUGCAACUAGCAAUGCCACAGGAAAGCGAACAAUGCACAAAGAGGAGACGUACAGAAAGACUGCUCAUUUCUUGGGCUCGGCGGGGGCGUCGCUAGUUGACUUGGACGAUCUAUGUUCUUCAAACGCCAUCCAAUGCUCCCUCAGCAACAACGCGCCCGCCGCCCACACACAAGCCAUCGGUAAGGACAGAAAAAAUGCAUCACUCUGCGGGAAAAUACCAGUUUUACCGAAGGCUUCACGUGGAAUUAUUUGUGGCGCACUUGAUUCUAACGGAUGCAUGAUCGACCUCCGAGCCUGAUGAAUCACUGACGUGCUAAACAUCCGUCAGUCCGUGAUGUUACAAAUGCUUUUCACCGCUGUCCGUCCGAAGUCUUCAGUCAGGAGAGAGAGAGGAGUAGGUCCGUGGACUGUAAAUAAAGAUGGAUGACACGUAUCCACUUUGUACCAAUAUUAAGCUAAAACAUCCUGGAUAUGGAUGCAACUAUCGUUUGACGUCAUCUUAAAUAAGGGUCAGUGCAGAAGUAAUCGUGGAGUCCUGCCGAAAUAUGACCUAUACUGCAGCCAGCCACCAGGGGGCAAUCAAGAUCCUUUGGCUUCACUUUCAGGAGUUGCCACGUCCAUCUUUAUAUACAGUUCUUAAUGGGGACACUAUGACUGACAAAUAUUUAUCAAUAGGUUUGUAUGGAGAAGCUCCUUGUGAUCGUGUGCCCCUCCCCUGUGGUCAUUGUGUAGUGAAAAGAUGUUGUUGUAUACGUGUGUGUGCAUUAGAGACCUACUAUACCCUGAUUAGUGUUAUGUAUAUUAACCAGCAGAAAUAUAACUCUUCUCACUCCUCUCUCUGCUUUGGUGCAUUUUCUCUUUGCUGGAAUACUUCGAACUGUGCGACGCCCCCCCCCCC